CUGAUGUGGUUAAGUUCCUGCACGCGUUCUACAGUCAUUACGGUAUUUUGCUGCUAAUGCAGUGGAGGCAAAGAGGGUGAGAGAUACAGAGAUAAAGAAGAGAAGGAGGAGGACAGGGGGAGCGCAGACUGCUGCAAACCUCCACUUUAGCAGCAGCCUCGCAACAGAAAAGGCUCAAAACUGUAUCAGCAGUCGCUUCUCUUUUUCGUCCGUCUAAAAGUAGCAUCUACUCAUGAAUUGAUUUAAAAGAAAAAGAGCAGAUUGUUAUACGCCGUACAAUUUCACAUGAAUUAUUAGUGUUCUGUCCUCCUUUCACCAUCAUGUUGAGAAAGAGCUCAGAGCUGCCGAAGGGGGACAGAGAGGGGCUUCUGGAUGUGGACAAUAGGGAAGAAACACAAGCCACAGACGGCUAUGGCAGUCUGCAGAAUGGGGCAUAUAUCCCACCACGAUAUUUUUCAGCUGCUGUUGCCAGUGAAGGUCUGGAUGGUGAUGAUCCAUUUCAUGUUCAAUAUAAUACAACAACCAAUCCAACAGUUCCACAGCUGGGGAACUACUUCAGAGAUGGGAAGACUAAAAUUGAUUUUGUUCUGGCAUGGGAAGUUCGCUCGAGGAGGAAGCAGCGAGGGAGGGGGAAAAGUGAGCAGGGAGAACCCGCUCCCAUCGACGAGAACAGCAGAUCUGAGCGUAGAAAAGCCCAGCUCGCACAGUGGAGGGAGAAGUUUGUCCAGAAUCUGCAAAGUGCAGGGCUGCUCAUGGAAAAGGAGGAAACAGCUAAUGAGAAGAAAACAAUACAUUUUCUUAAACUCAGUGUUCCCUGGGAUGUGUUGGUGUAUUAUGCUGAGGAACUUUCCCUCAGAGCUCCUCUACAGGCACAGCCACAUCUGGACUUGAACACAUCUGCUCUGGUGCUGAGAAGACUAUGCAUACCUAAUUUAUUAGCGGAGUCGGUGCCAAACAGGCCGCUGGACUAUUACACCUGUGCCUUUCGCAAGUCCAAGAUGAACAGAUUUCUUGGAUGUGAAGACCGUGAAAAAUACUUCACCAAUACACAGAGACACUGCGUUGUGCAUGAGAUUCUUGCCGGGACAGUGUACGGCAAAAGAAAGAGGGCUGAGGUUGGUGUUGACAGGCUGGUCAAUGAAGGUGCCUAUACAGCAGCUUUCCCCCUGCACGAGGGUCCUUUUCAGCUUCCAAAUUAUGAGAUCCGUCCAGAUGAGCUCAAUCAGAGGCAAGUUCUGUACUUCUACUGGGCCCGAUGGUGGAAAUGGUACAAGUAUCAACCACUGGACCAUAUCCGGGAGUACUUUGGGGAGAGGAUCGCUCUCUAUUUUGCAUGGCUGGGUUUCUACACGGCUUGGCUUCUGCCAGCGGCUCUGGUCGGAACUCUCGUCUUUGUGUCUGGAGUCAUGUCUAUGGGUACCAACACGCCAGCGAAGGAAAUCUGCGACAGUGGGGCGAAUUAUCUGAUGUGUCCUCUGUGUAAAACGUGCGAGGCCUGGAACAUGUCUGAUAUCUGCACCAUGGCAAAGCUGGGCUACCUGUUUGACCACCCGGGUACGGUGUUCUUCAGCGUAUUCAUGUCCUUCUGGGCUGUAACUUUUCUGGAGUACUGGAAGAGAAAGAUGGCUACACUGGGUCACCACUGGGACUGCAUGGACUUUCAUGAGGAAGAGGAGCGUCCGCGGCCAGAGUUUGCAGCCAUGGCCCCCAGUAUGGAGGAAAAUCCAGUUACCGGGAUCAAAGAACCUUACUUUCCAGAAAAGGCCAGACUGUCCCGCAUGUUCACUGGCUCCAUGGUCAUCGUGCUGAUGCUGUGCGUGGUGAUAAUCUUCCUGGUGACAGUGGUCAUGUGCCGGGGCAUCAUCAGUGUGAUGAUGUAUCACACUGGGAGUCCUGUGCUGCGUACAGAGGCAGGGACCAUAGCCAACAUCUCCAGCAGCAUUGUUAAUCUGGGCCUCAUCCUGCUGAUGGGUCAGGUCUACACCGCAUUAGCUGAGCAGCUCACUAAAUGGGAGAUGCACAGAACCCAAACCCAGUAUGACAAUGCCUUCACCUUCAAAGUCUUCAUUUUCCAGUUUGUCAACUUUUACUCGUCCCCUUUCUAUGUGGCUUUCUUUAAAGGGAGGUUUGUGGGUUACCCUACCAACUACGGAACCUUGUUUGGGAUGAGAAAUGAGGAUUGCGGUCCUGGUGGAUGCCUCAUUGAACUGGCUGAACAGCUCUUCAUCAUUAUGGUUGGAAAGCAGCUCAUCAACAACAUUCAGGAGUUCAUUAUACCUAAAGUGAAGGGCUGGAGACAAAAGAGAACUCUGGCCAGUGUGUUUGGAGGUGAUGCAUCCCACGAGCCCCAGCGGUGGGAAGAAGACUACCAGCUGGUGGAGUGUGGGGGUCUGUUUGAAGAAUACCUUGAAAUGGUGCUCCAGUUUGGGUUCAUCACCAUCUUCGUGGCGGCCUUCCCCCUUGCUCCGCUCUUUGCACUCCUCAACAACUGGGUGGAGAUCCGUCUGGACGCCCACAAGUUUGUGUGCGAGUACCGCCGGCCAGUGGCCGAACGCGCUCAGAACAUCGGCGUCUGGCUCAUCAUACUGGAGGCCCUGUCACAUCUGUCUGUUAUUGCAAAUGCUUUCCUAAUAGCCUUCACAUCAGACUUUUUACCCCGCCUGCUCUACCAGUACAAGUUUGAUAAUGAUCUCCGUGGAUAUGUGAACUUCACCUUAGCCUACGCUCCACUGAACUACACAGAGCAUCCCAUGUGUAGAUACAAAGCAUUCAGGGACAACAACGGAAACUACACUUUGUUCUACUGGGAGCUCCUUGCUGUCCGACUUGGGUUCAUCAUUGCAUUUGAGCAUGUUGUCUUCUUCGUGCUGCGUGUCAUCGACUGGGUGGUGCCUGAUGUCCCAGAGUCCUUGGAGCUGAAGAUCAAGAGGGAGCGCUACCUGGCAAAGCAAGCUCUGGCUGAGAACCAGGAGGCCCUGCUGGUGAGUCGAGGCCGUGGUGCCGCCCCUGCCUCUCCAGGCACCUCCAGCCCAGUGCGUUCCUCUGCCAUGGCCUGCAGGAAGAGUGAGUUCGUACAUGUCAGCGUGCACAGGUAUGCGCUGUGGACACUAGCGGCUUCGCUCACCGAAACCUGGAGCGAGGAGGGAGACGCUUGCAUGCAUGAACUGCAGAGCAACAGGCUCCACUCCAGCCUGGAGGUAACAACG